GCCCGUGUUGCAUAGUAAAAUCGAAUCAGUCAGUUCGCGCUAGUCAUGCAGCAAUGACGCUUGUGUUAUACCGUUGAUAUAAAUCGAUUUCGAAGUUGUUUUUGAGUUUAGUGUGUAUAAAUAAAUAUUAAUUAAAAUUUAAAAUUUCGAUAUGUCUGAGCGAAUGAAGUGUUUGAAUAAUGAUGGUGAAUGCAGUAGCCUGCAAGUUACUAAUCGAGAGGAUAUUGCUUUGCAUGAUAGGAAGAGCGGAUCGGUGAAGGUAGAGAUCACUGCUCUUCAGCAGCCCUUAGGACAGUCCCAACAGAGGACGUUGACGCACCUGGUCAAAAGAGACCCGGUUGAGUUGGCCUUUCAUGACCUGACGUACAAAGUCACCGAGGGCAGAAAGAAAAAUGUGAAGACAAUUCUUCAUGCAGUCAGCGGCCGCUUGAGGUCAGGCGAGCUGACUGCCAUUAUGGGACCUUCGGGUGCUGGAAAAAGUACUUUGCUGAAUAUUCUUACUGGAUAUAUGACCGAAGGCAUGGACGGUUCCAUAACGAUGAACGGCGAGGAACGUAAUCUAAGCCGAUUCCGCAAGUUGUCCUGCUACAUAAUGCAAGACAAUCAACUUCAUAAUAAUCUUACCGUACAAGAAGCGAUGCAUGUCGCCACCAGUUUGAAACUCAGCAGCGACACUGAUCCGGAACACAAGCAACAAGUUAUUAAAGAAAUCUUAGUCACAUUGGGCUUGGAUGAGCAUCGUCGUACAUUGACUGGAGAUUUAUCUGGUGGUCAGAAGAAACGUCUGUCAAUUGCUCUCGAGUUGGUUAACAAUCCACCAGUUAUGUUCUUUGACGAACCCACAUCUGGUCUGGAUUCUUCAUCCUGCUUCCAAUGUAUAUCUUUGUUGAAGCAGUUGUCUCGUGGUGGAAGAACUAUUAUCUGUACAAUUCACCAACCUUCUGCCAGAUUGUUUGAAAUGUUCGAUCAUUUAUAUACAUUGGCGGAAGGGAAAUGUGUCUAUCAAGGAUCCACUGGCCAACUAGUUCCUUUCCUCGGCGGUCUCGGUUUGCAAUGCCCGGCUUACCACAACCCGGCAUCCUUCGUGAUCGAGGUCUCCUGCGGCGAGUAUGGUAAUCAUAAUGCUCAGCUCGUCAAAGCCAUUCGAAAUGGAAAGAACGACAUCAGAAGCUCCCAGAACACCAUCACGAAUGGCCUUAAUAAUCUAACAGCCGCGGCUAAUGGCAAUGGUAAUGGGGUUUACAAGAACGGAAAUGCACAGAUUCAUAAUGUUAACGAAUUGCGCCACGAUGCUGAAGAGAAGUUCUCUGAGAAAGGACAUGAUAAUAAUGGAUCACUGGUGCCGCAGUAUAUGGUCAAUGAACUACUGAAAAAUGGACAAGUUCUGCCUAUGCAAAAGGAAACUAAUCCAGACAAUGUCACUGUGGCUUUAUUGGAUCCAGGAGCAAAUCCUAAUAGCUAUCCCACUUCUGAACUUCAACAGUUCUGGGUUGUACUCAAGAGAACACUUUUAUUCAGCAGAAGAGAUUGGACCCUUAUGUAUUUGAGAUUAUUCGCACACAUUCUCGUUGGUUUCCUAAUCGGUGCAUUGUAUUACGACAUCGGAAAUGAUGGUGCCAAAGUUCUCAGCAACUUGGGUUUCUUGUUUUUCAACAUGUUAUUCCUUAUGUACACUUCUAUGACCAUUACUAUUCUUUCAUUCCCGCUCGAAAUGCCGGUUUUGUUGAAGGAACAUUUUAAUCGGUGGUAUUCAUUAAGAUCAUACUAUUUGGCAAUUACUGUGUCGGACAUUCCUUUCCAGACGAUCUUCUGCAUAAUCUACGUAACCAUCGUGUAUUUCCUGACAUCUCAACCACUUGAGAUAGCUCGUUUCUCGAUGUUCUUGGGCGCUUGUCUCCUGAUCUCAUUUGUCGCACAAAGUGUCGGAUUGGUAGUAGGAGCUGCAAUGAACGUCCAAAAUGGAGUAUUCUUGGCACCUGUGAUGUCUGUACCAUUCCUGCUCUUCUCUGGAUUCUUCGUAUCCUUCGACGCAAUACCAGUUUACUUGCGCUGGAUCACUUAUUUGAGUUACAUCAGAUAUGGAUUCGAAGGAACAGCUUUGGCAACUUACGGUUUUGCCAGAGAGAAACUAAAAUGUUUCCAAGUCUACUGCCAUUUCAAGAAUCCAGAAACCACUUUGGAAGAAUUGGAUAUGUUGGAUGCUGAUUUUACCGUCGAUAUCAUUGCUCUUAUUGUCAUAUUCGUAGUACUAAGAGUUGCUGCCUUCCUGUUCUUGAGAUGGAAACUGAAGACCACUCGAUAAAUUACUCACGAUAAAUUAAGUAUAAGUGUAUUAUUUAAAAUUCAAAAAAUUCUAUAAAGGAUUGAUAUGAGCUAUCAAGGCACGUACUUCUACAAAUCUACAAAUAUCUGUUUAGACUAUAACAUACGUAAUUGUUAUUAAGGAUAUAUUUAAUUAUUAUAAAUGUUAGCUUUUAUAUGUUGAUAUUAGAAAAUACUUUUAUACAAACAAAGAUCGAUGAAACAAAAGUUGCAUUACCGAUGUGCGAAAGAUGAACAAGGACUUGAUCUCGAAAUGAAAAAUCAUCUCAAUUUAAAUUUUGAUUUGAAUAUUUUACUUAAGUCAUUCAAGAGCAUAAAGUGAUAUCUUUUAUUUUGAUUUCCUUAUAUUGCAAAAUAAUCCUUGAUUCUCCAAAUAAUAUUUAAAAAAUCGUCAUUAUGUUUCUGUCUUCGGGAUUGAGCCUCAAUUCACCCUUGUUCUUUCGGAUGGAUAUAUUAAAUAUAAUAGAUGUAUGAUUAUAUUAUUAUUGAUGUUUUUGGAACAAUGCAAAAGGCUGUGCAAGAUACAAAUUUAAUUUCUAGCAUUCAAUGCCUCUCUAAAUAUAUAGUUAAUAAUUUAAUACUCUACAAAAUGUAAUUUUAAUUAAUUCAAUGCCGAUAUUUAAUAAUUUAUAUAAUAAAUAUAUUGAGUAUAUUUUUUAUACAAUAACUUGAACAAAUUGGAUGCCUUGAUUUAAAUUGCCUGUAAAAUGUGUAAAACUCUUGCCUAAAAUUAGGGAAACGUGUAAUGUCGUGGACCAGAUAGCUGUGUUUUAAAUAUUAUAUGUUAACAUAGCAUAAAUAAAAUAUUUUUAUUAAUAAAUGAUAUAUCAUGUGCUAGUUGCACAUAAGAUCUUAUUUAUAGUUGGGUUUC